AUGUUUGAAUUGCCAUUUGCCUUAUCAGUGCCCUACCCUGAUAUCGAUACGGUAUCCAGUUAUUGGGGAUCCGAGGUCACCGCCACCAUCGACUGGUGUGAAGAAAAUAACGUUAUUUCGUACUACAUCGCAGAGUUUGUCAAUACCAUCACCAACCUGUUUUUCAUGUUCCUUGCCUGCUUUGCCAUCUUACGUUCUGUUCAAAACGGGUUUGAGAAAAGGUUCAUAUUAGGUAACUGUGGGUUCCUCCUUGUGGGUAUUGGCUCUUGGUUAUUCCAUAUGACCUUGAUGUACGAGUUCCAAUUACUUGAUGAAUUACCAAUGUUGUAUGCCACUUGCGUUCCAUUCUGGAGUAUUUUCUCCAAGGGAAAGUCUCCAAAACAGACGUUCAUCAUCGGGGUCUUGGUUACCACAUUGGCAGGGUUAAUGACCGCUAUUUAUUUGAUCAUUAAAGAUCCAACAUUUCACCAAGCCUGCUAUGCAUUCCUUAACUUUAUGAUCAUUGGGAAAUCGUACCAUACUAUCACCACCUCGGUAGAUAAUGUAAAGUACAAAAAGGAGAUUUCUACCAUGAUCAUGCUAAUGGUUAAAGGGGUAGGAAGUUUCUUAUUUGGGUACUUCUUAUGGAAUUUGGACAUACAUUUAUGUCUGCAAGUCACCCAACUUAAACGGUUUGUGGGCCUUCCUUAUGGUUUCUUAUUGGAAGGCCAUGGAUGGUGGCAUCUAUUCACUGGACUCGGGGUCUAUCAUUAUGAUAUCUUUUUGGAAUACCUCAGAUUGUUUGAAAUAGGAAAACAGGAUGAUUAUUGCUUGACAACCAAGUUUUACAUCCUCCCGGAUAUCGAAACAAAAGAUCGCCAAGUUACUGAGAAAAAGGAAUCAUGA